AUGUUCUUGUGGGUGUGUGUUAUGAUAGCGGGGCUCAGCAUCAGCGGCAUAGGAUUUGCAUCCGGGGAUGUAUGCCUGUAUCAGGAAUGCGACUGUCAAGGUUCAUACAUCGAGUGCCAAAGCCGAAAUCUGACCUCCGUCCCUAAAUUGGUCAGUAACAAUACAAACAAUACGGUCUUCACUAUCCUUGUGUUGGAUGCAAACCGACUCACUAAAAUUGUUUCUGGAAGCCUGCCUCCAAACUUGAGAGAGAUAUCCCUUACACUGAAUCCAAUCGCUUCAAUAGACGACGACGCCUUUAACCAGUCUGCAACAACAUUAGAAACCCUUCGAUUUGACGGGGCUCAUUUCACCAGAAUCCCGGAUGCAUUUCUACAUUUGCAUAAUCUGAAGAAUCUGUACAUAUACAACACACCAAUUCGGGAUUGGAACCCAAAUGCUAUGAGGAACAUUGGAAACACUAUUGAGACACUUUUUCUGGGUUCUGUUGGGUUGACUUCAUGGCCAGACUGGUUCCACGACUUUGCACACUUUUAUAAUGUGUAUUUGGCUGACAGCUCUUUUACUUCAGUCCCUGAUAAUGCUUUUGCCAUGUCAGAGAACACCUUAGUUACUCUGUCGAUAAUUAACGGCAGGCUUAUGGCUGUACCCAAGUCACUAGCCAAUCAUACAGCCCUGAAGUCAAUACACUUACAAGACAAUCAGAUUACCGACCUAACAUGGCUGCCCCACUUAAGUAAUGUGUCGGACAUAGAUUUAAACUUCAAUAACAUCUCAGACGCUGGUAUGCUGAGCUAUGUACUUCGCCCAUAUGCUAACUCUCUAAAAAAUCUAGGUCUUGUUGGUAACCAAUUGACAGUGAUACCUGAUCUCUCAUAUCUGACACAAAUUGGAAGUCUUGAUUUCGGGCGCAAUAGAUUAUCUGAUCCAAAUUCUGGGGUCAUGCCUUCAAAUGUGUACGCCUUGUCUUUUGCUUUCAACUGGCUUCCCUCCAUUCCCCGUGUCUAUCGACAUCUGACGGGCGUCACGGAAUUAUUUAUGCCAUCCAACCUUGUGACCCAGAUCCAAGGGUCUGAUUUUCUUCCCUUAAUUAUGUUUGUUCUGCUUGAGAAUAACUUGAUUUCUGAGCUAACCGACGACAGCUUUCCUUUAAAUUCUAGUAUCAUCUCUGUAAAUUUGAAUAACAACCCGAUUGUAAAAAUCUCCGCCCAGGCGCUUUCGAGUAUUCCACGUCUUCGAGAAUUACGUCUUCAGCAGAGCAAACUUACACGCCUGCCUCUCUUCCUGGCAUCUCUCAAUCAUAUCUUCGUCUUUGAUAUCUCCAACAGCACUGACCUGGUCUGUACUUGUGAAGAGAAGAGUCUACAGAUGUGGAUUUUAUCACUUCCCCCUGAAGACGUCUUAGGCAACUGUGGCGAUACGAGCGUUUACAACUUCUUUACAACGCUGAGUCAGUCUUGUCCGACGCAGUGA